AUGAAGACUCGUGGGUGGUCUGGUGCAAUGGACAUGCCUCGUCUCGUCGAGUACGAUUAUGUUGCCAAAAAGUUAAAAACCUACCCCAUGCCGGAGCUCGCCAAGUUGCGUCUCUCUACUACAACGGGUGAUGUUGAGGUUGGGGUGAACGAGGUAAAAGUGUAUAACGCCAACGCCCCGUUGUACUAUGAAAUGGAGGUGGAUUUUGAAAUACCUGAGGGAUUCACCAACAAACCAGCGGAGAACACAGACACUGUUCCAUCCUUUGGUGUACUCGUACGCUACAAGGAUAGCAACACAUACACUCGAUUCGCUGUGACGAUGCCUCCGACUGCAAAUAUGGGUGCGGGGUUUGAUCAAAAAGGAAGGGUGUUGGCCGUGCUCACGGUUUCAAAACAAGCGACUUGCGCAUUACAGUGCCAAUCAGAUCGUCGCUGUGUCGCAUGGACGGUGGUAAAAGGUGUAAUACGAGCCUCGUCGAGGUGGACCUGUACACUUAUGAGUACCUAUGGUGACGUUGUUGCCGCUAAUAACUCUGCCACAACAGGUCGUGUGUGGGAACCCAUUCUGCUUCUGGACCGAAGCAAAUCCGGCACGACUGGAUUCAACGAAACCUGGACCGGCCGAGCUCCUCUCGUUGGAAAUGGCACAAGGGUACAGCUGCGAGUAUUUGUGGAUGACACCAUCGUUCAGGUCUUCAAGGAUGGUGGCCUGGAGUCGAUGACGGGUCGUGUUUACGUUCCCAAUGACUAUUCUGGAGUUGCCCUCUUCUCCUCUAAUAUAAACGCAACAAUCUUGGCCAGAGUCUCUUUCUACGAGAUGGAUACUGUACAUGAAUCGAAUGGGGAUGCAGCGUGA